AUGCCUCCGAAACGGACAACGGAUGUCACGCUUCCUGACGAUCUCCUGCCGGAUCCGAUCACCAUGCUGACUCCUGCUGGGGAUGGAGACAAGAACCAAGGAUCCAACAACACGGUUAAUGUGCCUGUGGCCACGGACAAUGCUGCUGGGAACGUCACGGCAUCGGUCUCUACUGCUGCUGCUGUCGCUUGGAGUUCUGGUUUGUCAAUAGAAGAGAAGAGUCAGGAGAACCAGGCUCCUAACGCGGCGGUGCCUGAUGAGUUCCUGGAGGAUGAUGAGGACGAAGAGCUGGAAAUCGACAUCGCUAAGGAAGAUGCUUUCUGUCUUCGUUAUACAGCAAUCUUACUCAUUCCGAUGGUGCUUUCUCAGGAGACCAAAGCCAUUAUUGCUGCUGUCCGCCUCCUGAUAACGAAGGACCUGCUCGUUUGCUUCAAGCUGAAGAUGCGCAAGCAGUUAGCUUCAAGGAAGGGUUCGCUUUCCACCGUGUAG